UGGGCUGUGUGCGGGCCGGGCCGGGUAAACUGCCAGCUGGGUGAAUGUCGUGAACAGUCGCCUCGUUGGCUCCAGUCUCUCUGGUUUCAUUCUGGGUGCGCUUGUCCGGUCGCUGGGGAGCGGAACACACUACCGUAAACUGAGGAACCGAGCAACCACGAGCCGAACGAACCCGGAAGUAACCAACCCUGGAGCAGAAUGAGAAGUGGAACAAAAGAGACUUCGUGUUGUUGUUCGAAGCCUCAGCGGACCGAACUAACCAGCAGCUAAACCGGGCUAACGCUAGCUCCACAACAGCCUCCAGCCUCCCUGCUCCUGUGCCUCUGUGAGGGGAUCCCGUUGACCUUUCCUCGCCAUGGCGGCGGUGGUGAGCUACUCUCCACCGUGGUGGGUGAAUGUCCUGCACAGACUUCCACAUUUCAACUUCAUGUUGGAGCAGACAAGCAGUGACUUCAGACCAGAGGACUGGACGUAUCAACAGUCCAUCCUGUUACUGGGAGGUGUGGCGCUGGCCUGUCUGGCCCUGGACCUCCUGUUCCUGCUCUUCUACUCCAUUUGUCUCUGCUGCCGGCGGAAAAAAAACGAGGAUCGACCCAACGCCGACUGCUGCUGCACAGCGUGGUGCGUCAUCAUCGCAACACUCGUCUGCAGCGCUGGCAUUGCUGUCGGUUUCUAUGGGAACGGCGAGACCUGUGAUGGAGUGAAUCGGCUGACAUAUUCCCUGCGCCAUGCUAACCGCACAAUCACUGGAGUGGAGAAGCUGGUGUUUGACAGCACAUCCUCAUUGAACCAGACGGUAGAAGACAAUCUGCAGCAGCUUGAGGGCCAGUAUGCUCAGCACGCCGACUACCUGUCCAUCAUCCACAAGCUGCAGGGCCAGCUGGACGAGCUCUUCAGACAGAUGGUGGAGAUCCCCUUCUGGGAAAACGCCGACAUCUCCCUGGAGGAGCUGGCCGUCCAGAUCGAGCUGUAUGACUGGUACAGGUGGCUGGGCUACAUAAGCCUGCUACUGUUCGACGUCCUCAUCUGCCUCCUGGUGCUGUUGGGCCUCAUACGCAACUCCAAGGGAACGCUCAUAGGGGUGUGCUUGUUUGGUGUAGUUGCUCUGGUGAUCAGCUGGGCCUCCCUGGGGCUGGAGUUGGCCGUCUCAGCGACCUCCAGUGACUUCUGUGUUGCUCCUGACACGUAUGUCACCAAAGUGGCAGACCAGUAUGGAAUCAUCAAUCAAGAUAUCCUGCAGCACUACCUUAGUUGCAGUUUGGAACGAACGAACCCCUUCCAGCAGAAACUCUCCGGGAGCCACAAAGCGUUAGUGGAGAUGCAGGACGACGUGUCUGAACUGCUGCGAUCCGCCACCAGAGAGUACAAACAAACUCAGAGAAGUUUAGAGGAGAUCCAGGGGAUACUGAACACCACAGAGAUCAGUCUGCAUCAGCUCACUGCCCUGGUGGACUGUCGCAGCCUGCACAUGGACUUUGUCCAGGCCAUGACGGGACUGUGUUACGACGGACUGGAGGGCCUCAUCUACCUCGUGCUCUUCUCCUUCAUCACUGCCCUCAUGUUCAGCUCCAUCGUCUGCAGCGUGCCUCACACCUGGAACAGCAAGAGGAACGAGGAGGACAGCGAGGACGAGUCUCUGAGCCACGGGGGAAGGCCGAACCACGACAACCUGUACCGGGUCCACAUGCCCAGCCUGUACAGCUGUGGCAGCAGCUACGGCAGCGAGACCUCCAUCCCCGCCGCCGCCCACACCGUCAGCAACGCACCUGUCACCGAGUACAUGGCUCAGAACGCCAACUUUCAGAACUCUCGCUGUGAAAACACGCCUCUGAUAGGACGAGAGUCUCCUCCGCCCACGUACACCUCCAGCAUGCGGGCGAAGUACCUGGCCAACAGCCGACCAGAUCCCACCCCCCCUCCUCCAGCUCAGCAGACACCCGUGGACUCGUCCCGUCUGCAGCACUGACCGUCUCCGAAGCGUCACAUCCACUCAGUCAGUUCUUAUUCCUCACACCCAUCAGUCACUCCUCCACCUGCUUUCCUCCACCGUCUCAUUUGACUUCAAAACAUAAAACCAGAUGUGCUCAUUCGCUGGUUGGUGAAAGCAAAACUGGAUCAAUCCUGCACAUGAUAGUUUACUACUGCAGGAAUCACCGUCGGUGCUGGGAACUCGUCUGCAGCUCUGAUGUGAUGGAGCCUGAACUGACUUUUACACUCCAACUUAUCAUUUAUUUUACAUGUGAACGCACCGUGACACGUACAGUGUGACAUCUAACGAGACAUUGCAGUGUAGAGGUGCUCAUAGACUAACAUGAUUACUACUGGUCGUCUAUUUCUUAUUUGUACUGUACUGUACUGCCCUCUCUCACUGCUGUGGGAGAAAAAGAGAGAACUGCCUUACACAUAAAUACGGGAGGAAUCGACCGUUUUUCCCAGCGGAAGUGUAGAAGUUAUUUCUCACAUAACACACUCCACGUAGACUAGAUUAAUUUCACGGUGCAACGUUUAGUCUUUCUGCUGUGGGAAUUGAAAAUGCAGGUCUGCUGCGUUUGAAUCAUCAAGUAAGAUUUGCAUCAUUCUCCAGCUAAAGUUGCCGUACUGUACACUGCUUGUUUUUUGCAUUUUGUGUUAAAUCCGACGUCUGGGACCAGUUUUCCUGCAGUGUUGCACGUUUUGCAGGAAUUCAAUUGUUUUAGUUGUUUCUUCUUCUUCUCUGGACACUUGUUAUUUCCUGUGGCAUUUUUUAUUCAUAAACAUUGAUGAGCCACUAUUCUACAGCAGAAUGACUGUAACUUGUGAAGCUGUGAACUUUAUCCUGGCUGUGGCGCUCAGAGGACUGGAUAACGGACAAAGAAGAGCUGCACGAUGGAAAUGCAGCUGUUUGGCAAGAAGAGUCUCAGCAGGACGACGAUGUACAUCCCCCAUUCC